AUGCUGAGGGCAAGAAAGAAAGAUCGAAUGAUUGAAGUUUUACAACAACGCCCCAACCCCCAACGUCCACUAUCAGCAUUACUGCUGUGCGAUGGUGUGUUUGCCGUUGUGUCGAGUGGACCGUCAAAAGAAUAUCGAAGAGAUAGAGCCCUACAUCAACAACCACCUCCCUCAGCACAGUGUUUCCACAAUACUGGCGAAUGGAUCCUAUCAUGGAUGGAACCCUAUAUCAAGACCACCUCCCUCAGCACAGUGUUUCCACAAGAUACUGUCACUUACCUCAAGAUGCCACAUGAUCGAUAUCGUAUCUCGCAGAAGUCGAAUGGAGUCGAACGAGUACCUGCACCAAACGACCACCCCCCAAUGUCCACUAUCAGCACAGUGAUUUCACAAAUGCUGCCACUUACCUCCUAUAUCUUCAUCAAAGGACUGAGAGACAAAUGCCGGCAUAUAUAG